AUGUUCUGGAGUCGAUAUUGGUGGCCUGCUGCUCGUCAAGGGGCUCAAGUUUCGACCACGCCUGCAAACCCUCCUCAAGGGGCUCAAGUUUCGACGACACCCGUAAACCCUCCUUCCCCAGCGGCCAAGACCUCGGCGACGCCCGUAAAGCCAAAAGCCUCACCUGCGACGCCGAUAAAAAGAUGGGAACGGCCUCCUGCCAGCUUUCGCGAAGGUAUGGGGGAUACCAUCGUAACGCUGUACGUCGGUCCUGAGAGAGUCAAGUUUGUGGCCCACAAGGAGCUCCUUUGCGAGAAAAGCCUCUACUUUGAAAAGAUGUUCAAGGGAGAUUUCAUAGAAGCCACCACAGAAUCUGCUGAACUCCCAGAAACUGAUGUUGAAUCAUUUGAUCAUCUGCUCAAUUGGGUGUAUACGGGAAAGCUUCGAGCCUAUUACGAUGACUGUACACGAAAGCCACCGACUUCAUCAUGGGCGUGGAUCGAAUUAUGGAUGAAUACCUAA